CACCUGCACCGUACAGACGCGUCGAUGGUAAAUCUAGUGAAGGACCUGUGCCUGUGGAGAGUUGCUUUGAAGGUUUUAGUUUUGCUGAUACCAGAUUUGCUACCAGUUAUCUGGUUACAUUUCUUGAACUUGCUUUGUUGUAGCUCUUUAUCCUUUUCCUCUUCUUGCUACACCCCACCCCGCUCUUUUAUAUAAGGAGCAAGCGUCGACGGGCCAAGUAGCAGUAGUUGCUCAGACAGAAAUUCGCCACUUACCAGUUCGUGGGGAAAUUGUGCUGAAACUGUGCAUGCAUUGAGAAAGCACAAUGCAUGGCGGUUGUCGACCCGGUAGCGGGGAAUAGAGGCUGAACAUAUCUGCUUCUGUUAGGCACCUUGAGGUACUACUAACUAGCUCUUCGCGGUCAUGGCCUCCUCGGGCGAAGUCGAGGCGAGGCUGAAGAUCGUCGGCAAGCUGCUCCGCAGUGUCGCAUCUUCCGAGGGUGCCAUGGCACGGACAAUGAACAAGGUCAAACUGCUGAACGAACUGGCAAAGGAAUUGAAGAUGAUCAAAGAUCCGAACAUCAUCCGAAGCAUCAAUGCGACGGUGACUUUGACCAGUCUCCGGCACUUGCUGGUCAGUCCGAACAUUGCCGUGCGAUCAGGCACACUGCGAGCGCUGCGCUACUUUAUGGUGUCCGAGCCACUGCUAGUGAUUGUCUAUCGCCAUAACCUGGACAUGGUCAUUGCGCGAUCCUUUGAGCGGGAAGGAAAUCAAACCCACGAAACCGAGCGCCUCCAGGCAAUAAAGCUGAUGAGAGUGAUGCUACUGUUGCAACCGGAGUCCUUUCCAAUGACGUUCUGCCGAGCUCUAUCCGCGUCGGGUGAAUCUCAAAACGAUACCUUCAGCCGAGUAUCGCUAGCCAUUCUCUGUGAACUUGCCACACUGAAUCCGCCUAUGAUCAAUAUGUGUGGUGCUGUGAGGACGAUAAUGUCCGCCAUCGUGUCCACACAGAUUUCCUCCAUCAACGAGUUCCUCACCCUGUCACUUGUACAACUGCUCAACACGCCCUCCACACGGACCGCUCUACGACCGUAUGACCUGGAGAUGAUCACUGCACCUCUGUUGGAUGGCGACUAUAAGCAUGCAAUAGACAGUGCCGAAGGUACCGACGGCCAGGCCAUAAAUGAGAAGCUGGAACACUUGGAUGCGUCUCACAUGGGUGUCAUCUGGAUGAUGCGAACUUGGCCAGGUCUAACGUUCCUGUGCCGUAACCAGGAGAACAACACCAUCAGUCGACUCAUCCAGUCCCUGGGGUGUCCCAGCGAGAACAACCAGUUUGCAAUUAUGGACGUCUUCUUCCAUGUGCUGCACAUUCGGAUCCCAGUAGAUUCGCCCAAGUUUGAAGUGGCCCUCGAAAGCAUGGAUCAUUCACUUCCUCAGGCAUCGUGGAGCCUGGAAAAAGGCUGGAUGGCGGAGGAAUGCCGCUCUGUGCUGCCACGCGGCAGAGCUCAUCGGCUUGACUUCAUUCAUCAGUAUCAUGCUAUCGUCUUGCGUAUCCUACUGGAGCAUGGCCUGUUAGAGCGCUUAUCAGAGGUAUCUCUUUCAGCCAGUGCAACCGUACGGACACAUGCUCAAGUGCUCCUUGGCGAGAUCCUACACAUGUGCUCAACGAUCUUAUCACCCGAGUAUGCUGAUGACUGCAUGUGUUUACCCACUCUGGUCAGCCUGGCUACAAACCCGAAUGAGGAGCCUGAACGUCGACACCGUGCCCUAAAUGUCAUGACUCAGUUGGAUCACCACCGGCAGUUCAGGAAGAAGCCCAUCGUUCCCAAGAACCCCUACAUCACCAAGCUGCUGCAACAGCAACAGUGCGGCGAAUGGCUCUACUAUCCCGAGGACAUGGACGACAACGCGAUAAUAGUACUCCUUCGCGACAUUGUGGGUACUGGACAGGAGUACACCGACUGGAACUGGCCUUCCCUAGCUGUAGCAAUACGCAUCCCGUGCCUUACCGUAAAGAAGAUUGAGGAGCUGGCUCCAAAAAUGUUGCGGCGUGUGAUGCACUUCUACCUGCCCAGUUCUACACAAUACAGUAGCCUUAGUCAGAAAGCACCCAGUGCAUCCGUGUACUCGCAGGUCGGCGCACAGCUGGUUGUGCGUCUGGCUGCUGCCUCUGGCUCUGACGACGGACCCAAGGUUCUUCUUGACUGGCUUCAAGAAGUUAUAUUGGCUCUUCAAGAGCUCUGCACGCAUUCGUAUUCCAGUGCAAUCCUCUUCUCCGAAGACAGGCUGGCGAACAAAUUGGCGAGAGAUUAUUUUCUGUUCCUGGGACAUUUGUCUGCGACUCGCUCGGGAAUUGCACUGCUGGAGAAGCACAAUGUAUUCAAAAUCUUGCUGGAUGUGUGUGACAUUGCUGCACGGCCCGAUGCCCAGCGACUGCUUAUCGCCUCUCUGGACUACAAGCAAGACAGCUACUCCCGCAUCAUUCUCUCCAAACUGCUGACUGGCUCUCCCAAGGAGGUACGUCUGUACGCUACGGAGCACAUGCGUGUAUUCUUCCGCGCCCGGCAGCCCUUCUUUCGCACUUGGGGAAUGGAGGCGCUGACACUACAGCUUUACGACGUUGAGCCGAACAUAGCGGAAGCGGCCCUCUCUGUGCUCGACGAGGCCUGUCAGGACGAGGCAUGCUUGAAGAUGCUGGUGAGCCUUCAACCAGCCCUUCUUCAUCUUGGCCAGAAAGGACGCUCUCUGUUUCUCAGGUUCUUAUCAUGUUCCUCUGGUUUCAUCCUACUCAAGGCAAUGAAUUUCAUCUCUCAGGAAAUGGAGAGCUGGCUCACGAGUGAAUGUCUGGCAUAUGUUGUCUCGGCCGAGACACAGCUAACGCAGACGCUGCUCUCGUUCAAGCAUCUGCCGGAGGGCCACUACGCAAGGCGUUCACUGGACUGUGAAGAAGAACAGUAUGCACCUCACAACGUCCAGUUACUGCUCCCGGUGCAUCUGUAUGGUGAGCUGUGUCAGCAUCGAGAAGGCUUCAACAUGCUGUCGCAGGCUGGCCAUGUGAGUCACUUUGUUCACCGUCUUCAAGAGAGUGUCAACUCUACGUCGACGGGUGCUGGUGUACAGCGCAUCAAGGCUGCAGUCUGGGCACUGUGUCACAUUGGCAGCAGCACUGGAGGCGUGGAGGCAUUGGUAAAAGACGGUGUCUUCUCCAUCAUCAUCGACCUGGCCAAAACCAGUCCCGUCUACUCACUGCGAGGAACGUGUGUCCUAGCCUUAGCACUGGUAGCUCAGCGACCGGAAGGCUGCGCUGCCCUUGUCGCUCUUGGCUGGCAGUGCAGUGGACAGGCAGCAGGAGUUGCCUAUUUUGCGGCUGAGGAACAUGAGGAGGAAAGUGACAGCACGGCGGAGUUUGACGGUGCAUUUGAUACGUCGCUGAAGGAUGACGAAGAUGAUUGCAGCACCACAGGCAGAAUUGAAAGCCUUGGCAGCACUGAGGACCGUAGCUUGCCGAAGUCGCACACUGAUAAGCCAAUCAGUGAAUCCGAUACGAUACCCGGAAAAUUUCGCCGGCGUACGCUAAGCGGUAAUGACAGCACAAUGGUCAAGAUUCAACGGCAAUCCACACCAGACGAGGUUGCUGUUCCUCCUCAACGUUACAUGCCGCGUAAGUCCAGCGUACCGUUUGCAACGGCACCGCCACAGAUCUCCUGGGGCAAUACACUGGGACGCUCAACUCCUACCGGCUCUCUGACUUCGGCCAAUUCACCAUCGGGUCGCUUCUCACCCAGAGCAUUGACACCACUUCGAAGGCGCAUCUCCAUGUCGCCAAGUCAAUCAUCCGUCUUUACUAGUGUCGACAAACCAUCCAGAGAAGGUACGUUAGGCUUGUUGGCCUUCAAGAACAAGGCAAGAGCAGCCAGCAAUCUCUUCGCAGUCUGCCUACCUGAUGACAUCCGACAACUUUUUGAGUUUGACGCACCGCAGUGUACGAGCUCCUUUGCCGAGCACGGCAUAGACAUGUCGUUUGAUCUCUAUUUAAAGUUUGACAACCUGCAUGUGCCGGAGACCUGCUUGAAAUGCUGCAUCACGCCCAAUGAUGACAUCAUCAACGCAGACCAGGAGAACACUGUGGUGACGGCUGAGGGAGCUUACGGGAGCAAAGUGGCCACGGACGCAACGCAGUUCUCUGACAAGACACCAGCGCAGCGUAAUGCGUUCGCCAAAGAAGUUGUCAAGUUGGUCACCAAGCUCAGCUGCCCAGUUGGAAGUCGGGCAACUCAACAAUCCUUGCUGGCAAUGAAGGACCGUAGCCCGGCGAUGUUCAAGGACAUCUGUAUGUACAGUCAAGUGGCUCAGGUGCUGGCCACGUAUCACUUUCGUCUGCACGUCCGCGUCUUCAUCCAGGGUAUGUUCGACGUCGCCGACACCCUGUCACCCCUGUCACCACUCCGAUCGGGGGCCACUAGUCCUUCGAAGCACUCUGAGACUGUGAAACGCACCAAGGUCAAUGUGACAUCAUGACAUGACCGUUGUUGUUCUUGUACUAUACACACGUGUAUACACACUGACCAUGUACAAAACAAAGCAGCAGCAGCUGCUGCUGCCCCCUUUGUCAUUGUAUUUCUCUAUUUCUAGUCAAGAUUUCUCUAUUUCCCUAUUUGUUGCACAUAUUCUAUUUAUCGAGCUACCUUUCGUCAUGCUGCUCCCCUAGCAUUCAAGUUAUCUUUGCUUUCUCUAGUUGCCUGCCUGCAAAUGUUCAUACAGACAAAAUUACUGACAUAUAACUAGCUCAUGGACAUUCAUGCUGCACAUGAAAAAACCCAGCAAAUCAGAUUCAGUUAGGACUCAUGAUCGUCAACAUGUUUCACUGCUGCCAUAUAAACAUACUAGCUAUCUACUACGACAUGUAGUGCAUGUCAAAUUUGGUUUCUGGUUCAAAUCAUGAGUUUGGGUUUAUUUCAUUUGCUUUUUCUUGAGACAUUUCACACAAAUGAGAGAAUCACCUUGAAUCCUGUGAAUCCCACCACAAACAACAAUUUACUCAAAAAUCCUGCCCGUCCAGCAUUUGCCAUGGAAUUUCUCCAUAAAAGGUGUGGAGUGAGUAAGAGAAAAGUAUUUGUUUCAUGA